AUGUGGACUAGUCAUCCUCAAUUCAGAUCUAUUGUCCUAUCUAACUGGAACAGGGAUCUUAGAAUCAAAGGAAGUGGCCUUGAUCAAGUGUACUGGAAACUAGUGCGUCUGAAGCAUGAUUUGAAAAAGUUCAAUUGGAGAAUAAUUGGGGAUGUGGCCAGAAGCUAUGAAGACUGUAAAACUGAGUUUCAAAAGGCUCGGUAUGAUAUUUUCUCUGAUCCUCAGAAUCAGAUUUUAGCUUCAGCAGAGAGAGUUGCUUUUCAGAGAUUUAAACAGCAAGAAAAGGUUUAUGGCAGCUAUCUUAGACAAAAAAGUAAGAUAGAGUGGAUCCAAUUUGGCAAUGAAAAUUCCUCAUACUUUCAUGCCUAUAUAAAGCAACGGAAGAGAGCUAAUAGGAUUGCUUCUUAUAUAUCUGAAGAUGGUAAAGUUGAGGACAGUUAUCCAAAGGUUAUUUCUCACUUUAUUAACCAUUUUAAAUCAGUCCUGGGUUGUUCUAACAAAGCUUCAGGGAAAGUCGAUUAUGUUAUAGCUGAUUUGGGUCCUGUUUUGAGUGUUGAAGACCAGUUGGCUCUCAUCAAACCUUUCUCAAACAAAGAUGUUAAAACAACUAUGUUUGGUAUCAGCUCUAUUAAGAGCCCAGGUCCAGAUGGUUUUAGGGGCGGGAUUCUUCAAAAGCUUAUGGAAAGACAUGGGGAAGGAGAUUUCUAA